UGAAAACUCUAUUUUUUCUCUUUUGGCCCUAUUUCUAGGGAUUUUUCUUCUAUUCUUUGUGACUAUAUCUAACUCUAUCUAGUUCUUGAUACAAUUUCGUAUCAAAUGGUGCUUUCAUUGAGAGCCAUGUCAAAUUCCCAUGAUGACGCAAUUUGGGAUCAGAUUCAAACUAGCUUAGAAAGCUUGAAUUCAGAUUAUGAAAAACGAUCCAAGAUACUUGCAGAAAUUCAGGCAACUUGCACCAAAAUAUGUGCUACCUUGAACAAUCAUCAACGACUCCAGCAGCCUCCAAUUUUCCAGUUUCAGGCCAAAUCAAACUCAGAAUUCCCACUCCUCAGCAACAAUUCAACAAAGCUAGCAACAGAAAAUUCAAUAAUCACGGAUCUCCGAUUUUGGAAUUCAGAUCCAGAAUAUCAAAUUGCAGAAUUAGAGUCUACAACAGCGAAAGCUUCAGAAUCAGCAAGGAAUCCAGAAAUUACAGAAGAAGUUCACAUCAAAGGAGAAGAAGGAGACUCAUCAGAUUUCAAGUUUACAUUUCAACCUCAACAACAAACAAAAUCAACACAGGUGGCAGAUCGAGCAAUAAUUCAGCAUUCAUCUUUGUCUAUUUGUAAUUACUACGAUGCAGUAUCACCAUUUCAGCAACAACAACAAACUUCUUGUCUAAAUUCAACUCUCAUAGAUGCAGAAAACGAAGAAGAAGCAACAGAUUUGGCUGAAGUAGAAGAAUUAGCUUUCAAUUUUGAAUUUCAACCAGUAGAAUCAACAGCCAUUUCAGUUCAAGCAGGAUUCCAGAAUUCAAUUCCAGAACUGCAAUCAAAAUUACCUAUCAUUCCAGAACAUACAAGAGAAGAACACCUAGAUCUACAUUUGGCGCAUUUGGAGGAAACGGCUCUGGCCGAGGAAAAAGUUGUCAUCCAGGGCGGCGGAUCAGCAGUGGAGGAAUUGAAUCGCCCACCGCCAAAGCCACCUUACUCGCUUACAAAGGCGGCGGUUGGCCCGGCGACAGCAACUGGCGCUGGCAAAACUGCGGUUCUACCUCGAGCCAGCGGCGCCAUCGCAAAGGUGGAGGGAAAUGACAUCGUGCAUGAAGGAGGCCGCUGGGCCCAGAGCAGCGAGAACGACGAUUCUACUACUUCUGCGCCCACUAGAGGCAGAGAUCUCCAAGCUUGUGGGUUCCGUUGUGUUUCUCCUCUUGUGGCACGCCCACCGAAGCUCCUGGUGGCGGUCUUCCCUUGGGAUCGAGGCGGAGGACGACACAUCGACGAUUGGCAGUGGCGAGCGGCGGUUUUGGCAAGUGGCAGAGGGAACACCACAGCGAGCGGUGCUGGCGCGGCUUUAAUCCUGCACGGCGGUAGUGACGCCGAGGAUGGCGCCCUCGCGAGGGGACAGCGAACACUCUUGAAGGCCUUGGUUGGUGGAGCAGCGACGGGUAAAGGCCGAGAUCUCCACUCUCGGUGGUUCAGUUGCGGACUUCCGAUGGCGGCUAUACCAUCACCGCUCAUGGCGGCAUCGUUUCCCUGGGAUCGUGCUGUACCAGCGACAAGCCUCGAGUUCUCCAGCGGUGGCCAUAUUGAUGGCGGCACACGCGGUUGUUGGCUCGUUUCGCAGUGGGCGGCGCGCGAGGAAGGAGCAAGGAAGAAGCGCGAGGUGGUGACAGAAGGGGAAAAGUCCUGGCGGCGCCGGUAACCACAACCCCUGCUCCAGUGGCGGCGUGUUUGGGCGGCAAAGGAGGGGCUCACCGUGUUGGAGGAAGGUUCUGGAAGGAGGUUGAAGGUGAAUCCCUAUGUUUUGGAAUCCUGGGCUUAACUAUAUUUGAUUUGGGCCCAAUCUCUAAUGCAGCACAGAAUUUUGUUAAUUUGAAACACAGCAUUAACUCCAUUUCCAUCACGCACACUUCGUGAAACACAAACGCAAUGAAACACGUGUGCAAAAAAGCUAAGAGCUCAGUUGCGGACUUCCGAUGGCGGCUAUACCACCACCGCUCAUGGCGGCAUCGUUUCCCUGGGAUCGUGCUGUACCAGCGACAAGCCUCGAGUUCUCCAGCGGUGGCCAUAUUGAUGGCGGCACACGCGGUUGUUGGCUCGUUUCGCAGUGGGUGGCGCGCGAGGAAGGAGCAAGGAAGAAGCGCGAGGUGGUGACAGAAGGGGAAAAAGUCCUGGCGGCGCCGGUAACCACAACCCCUGCUCCAGUGGCGGCGUGUUUGGGCGGCAAAGGAGGGGCUUACCGUGCUGGAGGAAGGUUCUGGAAAGAGGUUGAAGGUGAAUCCUUAUGUUUUGGAAUCCUGGGCUUAACUAUAUUUGAUUUCGGCCCAAUCUCUAAUGCAGCACAGAAUUUUGUUAAUUUGAACACAGCAUUAACUCCAUUUCCAUCACGCACACUUCGUGAAACACAAACGCAAUGAAACACGUGUGCAAAAGAGCUAAGAGCUCAGUUAGUCAGCACACACUUUCCGUUUUCUGUUGUUAACUUCGAGUUCCGUUGUGCCGUGCUGUAUAUAUACUCAUACUUGUAAUAAUCCAAGGUCCCCACAGUUCCCCAACCUCUCCGCGCAUCUUCUCAUUCAAAUCACCACUUUUGUGAUACUUUCCUAUUCAAAUGCUACCGCCACAGCCUCCUCCUCCUCUUCCUCCCCCUCCGCCUCCUCCUCCUCCUCCUCCCCCUCCGCCUCCUCCGUUUGAAUGUGCUUUGUGUGGGAAAUCUUUUCCCCAAAAAAGAAGUUUAGAGGACCAUUGGAGAACCAAGAAGCUUUCAAAGUACAGACACAUCUGCGCGUACUGCAUUAACAGGUUUGAAACGAAAGCCUCCUUAAAACAACACCUCUGUGAGUGCGUUCAUUUCCUCCUCCACCACCAGAAUCAGUGACGCUUUGCGUCACUCCUAAAUUAUUUUUUGUUCAAUGACCUGGCUAUUGGCAUCUAUGGAUACAAUCUUCAAAAACAAGAUUGUGCACUGCAAAUUCUUCUAUGAGAUGUGGGAUACUAUUCUUGAAUUCUUUAUAACAUCAUCAAGGGCAAGAAUUCAGAAGAAAAUUGAGAAUCAAGGAAAGCAUCUUUGUUCAGUGGUAUAUGACUCGCCGCCACCAGAAACUCGAACAAGGCAGGUGUGGACUCUUAAUUACCUAAGUUUUAAUUUCCCUGUUGCCUUUCACUUGUUUCAUGGAAAUCUGAUAUUUGAAUUUAAAGUUUUACUCUCUCUUUUCAUACAAAAAUUUAUGCUAUUUGUUUCCUUAUUUCGAAAACUUCACGUGUGUCAAUAAUUGACAAUAAAUAUCAUGCUAACCAAAAUCAGUUGUGGUCCAGUGUUAUUUAUAAUGGAUUGUAUUUGGAUGCCAACCCUUAAGGAUUUUCUGAGUUGAAAUUUUAAUUAGGACUUCAUGCAAGCAUGUUCAAUGAUGCAACAAGUGAGUUUGAUGUUCUAGUGGCCAGUGAUGCCAUUGGAAUGGGUCUUAAUUUAAAAUAUCUAGGAUCAUAUUUUCAACGUUGAAGAAGUUUGAUGGUUUUGAAUUUUGGGACUUGACACUACCUGAAAUAAAACAGAUUGCAGGGUUUUUGCAUGCAUAUUAUUGAAGGGAGAGCUGGUAGAUAUGGGUCAAAUUUUCCUGUUGGAGAAGUAACAUGCAUAGAUGCAGAGGAUCUACCCUUGCAAACGAUGAUGGGUCAAAUUUUAUAAUAUUGGUAGAUAUGGGUCAAAUUUUCCUAUAGUAUUUUUAAAAACGAUGAUGAUAAUUAGUAGUUACGACUUAGACUAGUAUUAUGGUAUUUUGCAAUGAUGAUAUAAUGUGAUUGUGGAUCUUACAUAAUACUUUAUAAAUCAAAUUUGAUGGUAAA